UGUCUAAUGAGCAUUUUGGCAAAUUGGAAAUUUUGGCGCGGUAUAAAUAGUGGGGACAAUAGCUCGAAAUGGUCACAGUACCUUCACAGUCUCGGAAAAGUGAACCUGAACCAUCUGCAGACAUGAGGAAUAUAUACGCUUUUGCCCUGCUGCUCAUUGCAGUCUUUGCAAGCACCACCAGCGGUGCCAGCGUUUCCGACCUUCUGUGUCGCAACAAGGCCAACGGUAUUCGCGCCCUGGUGCCCGGCAGUUGCUCCAGGUUCUAUGAGUGCCACAACGGCGUUGCCCAGGAAUAUACGUGUCCCAAGUUCUAUGACUUCAAGAUCCGCAGCUGCGUGACCUACAACCCUGGCUGCGUCGAGGGUGUUGUGGUGGAGCCAGUGGCCAAGCAGUCCGUUCGCGAUACCGCUCAGCCGUGCAAUGGUGCCACAACCACUGCACCACCAUGCGAAACCACCACACCACCGUGCGUCAAGCCCACAACCAAGCCUCCAUGCUCAGGUUCUGAGACCACAACUACAACAUGUGCGCCUGGAGAAGUAACCACUACUACUACCACCACUGUGGCUCCAAUCACGACGACAACCACCACAACAUGUGCCCCAACAACUACGACCACCACAACCACAACAACAACGACAACUACAACCACCACAACCACUACAACAACAACAACUACAACCACCACAACAACAUGUGCCCCAACAACUACGACUACGACAACCACUGAGGCACCAACUACGACUACGACAACCACUGAGGCACCAACUACGACAACAACCACAACCACUUGUGCACCAACAACCACGACCACUACUACCACAACCACUACCACUACUACCACAAGCACUACCACCACAACAACAACUAUUACCACCACAACAACUACAACGACAACCACUACAACAUGUGCUCCGACAACUACGACCACCACAACCACAGAGGCACCAACCACGACGACAACCACAACCACUGAGGCACCAACCACAACGACAACCACAACAACUUGUGCCCCAACAACCACGACCACAACUACCACAACCACUACAACAACGACAACUACAACCACCACAACCACUACAACAACGACAACUACAACCACCACAACAACAUGUGCCCCAACAACUACGACUACGACAACCACUGAGGCGCCAACCACCACGACAACCACUACCACUGCGGCACCAACCACCACGACAACUACAACAACAUGUGCCCCAACAACCACGACCACUACUACCACAACCACUACAACAACAACAACCACCACUACCACCACAACCACAUGUGCCCCAACAACCACGACUACUACAACCACGACUACUGAGGCACCAACAACGACGACGACCACCACAACAUGUGCCCCAACAACGACGACCACUACUACCACAACCACCACUACCACAACCACUACAACAACGACAACUACAACCACCACCACGACCACAACAACAUGUGCCCCAACAACCACCACCACUACGACCACUGAGGCACCAACAACGACGACAACCACCACAACUUGUGCUCCAACAACCACGACUACUACUACCACGACCACUACAACAACGACAACUACAACCACCACCACAACCACUACUACAUGUGCCCCAACAACCACCACCACUACGACCACUGAGGCACCAACAACGACGACAACCACCACAACAUGUGCCCCAACAACCACGACUACUACUACCACAACCACGACUACUACUACCACAACCACUACAACCACGACAACUACAACCACCACCACGACCACAACAACAUGUGCCCCAACAACCACGACCACUACAACCACUGAGGCACCAACAACGACGACAACCACCACAACUUGUGCCCCAACAACCACGACUACUACUACCACAACCACUACAACAACGACAACUACAACAACCACCACAACCACUACAACAUGUGCUCCAACAACAACAACGACCACAACCACUACAACGACAACCACUACAACGACAACCACAACCACGACAACAUGUGCCCCAACAACAACCACGUCAACCACUACGACCACAACGACGACAACAUGUUCCCCAACAACAACGUCCACCACAACCACUUGCGGCCCAACAACUACGACAAGUACCGUAUGCGCUGACAAGACCACAACCACCGUUUGCGCUGAGACGACAACCACCGCUUGCGCUGACGAGACAACAACCACUGCUUGCGCUGACGAGACAACAACUGUCUGCCCCACAGCCGCGAAGGCUUUGGCUGCCACCCAGUCGAAACGUAAUCCCACCCGCCGCAAUCCUGUCCACCGCCUCCUUUGGGAAGUGGCCCAAUGGGCUGGUAUUUCGUCCGCCAGUUCCGCUAGUUCCGAGGUUCAGAUUAAGGUUUCCUGCGCCGGCAAACCCGAUGGAUUCCUAUUGGCUUCUCCCGAGCGGUGCAACGACUACUACAUCUGUCGCCACCAGCGCGCCCUGAAGGUCAGCUGUGGUGAUCGGUACUUCAACGGACAGAAGGGCAUCUGCGAUCUCCCCGAAAACACCAGCUGUGUUCAGUCCUAAGUGAUAACUGCCCGAAAUGCUGAGACCAACAUCAUCAUGGAAAUGUGACAAAAAACUAUGGAUCGAAACUUUUAAUUAUUGUAAAAGCACUAUUUGAACAUGCACUUAAAAAACAGCAAAGGCUUA